GGAGGACAUGAUGUGGCAGGUUAAGAUAGGUUAUAGUAGCCUAUAGUAACUUAUAGUAGCCUAUGGUAGCCUCCCCUCUCCUCGCCUCCUCGUGCGGGCAGCGGGAACAGCUCUGUGGCAGCGGGAACAGCUCUGUGGCACUAUCUGGCAGCGGGAACAGUUCUCUGGCAGAGGGAACAGCUCUCUGGCAGCGGGAACAACUCUCUGGCAGCGGGAACAGCUCUCUGGCAGCGGGAACAACUCUCUGGCAGCGGGAACAACUCUCUGGCAGCGGGAACAGCUCUCUCUGGCAGCGGGAACAGCUCUCUGGCAGCGGGAACAGCUCUCUGGCAGCGGGAACAGCUCUCUGUGCUGCUCGGUUGGAACCUGGACUCUCUGCCUGUUCGCUGAGACUAGGUGUAUGAUGGCGUGCCGUCCUGGCCGAGUGGGUGACUUCUAGCAACAGAAAUUCAGUGACACUGGCAGCCCCCCAGCAGGCCAUGCUGUAGCCCUUGGAUUAACAAGAUUAACAAGCAGCUUCACCUUCUCAACAUUUCUCAGCAUCUGGAACUCUAUGUUCAAAGACAGCCGUGUCACUCGCCCUGCUUCAUGAGCCAGCAGGAUGCAGCUGAGGUCCUCGCACUUUCCGAGCGCCUCCUCAUAGCUUCACACAAGGGACAAGCCGACAAUGUGGUUCAGCUUAUCAACAAAGGUGCAAAAGUAGCCGUCACCAAGUACGGCAGAAGCCCCCUACACCUGGCUGCCCAGAAAGGUCACCUUGAGGUUGUGCGGAUCCUUCUGAAAGCUGGAUGCGAUCUGGACAUUCAGGAUGAUGGGGAGCAGACAGCCUUACACCGUGCUGCCAUGGUGGGAAACACUGACAUUAUCAGCGCACUCAUCCAGGAAGGGUGUGCACUGGAGAGACAGGAUAAGGAUGGCAACACCGCUCUUCACGAGGUUUCCUGGCAUGGAUUCAGUCAGUGUGUGAAACUGCUGGUGAAGUCUGGAGCCAACGUUCAUGCCAAAAAUAAGGCUGGGAACACAGCUCUCCACCUGGCCUGUCAGAAUGGUCACACCCAGAGCUCCAAGGUUCUGCUGCUCGGUGGAUCCCGACCUGACAGCCAAAACCAUGCAGGCGACACCUGUCUGCAUGUGGCAGCUCGCUACAAUCAUGUGGCCAUGCUGCGCAUCCUGCUGGGAGCCUUUUGUUCCGUGUCAGAGAAGAACACGGUUGGAGACACACCACUCCAUGUGGCAGCUGCCCUGAACCACAAGAAGACUGUUCGUCUGUUACUGGAGGCUGGAGCCGACAGUCACAUUCAAAACAAUGCAGGCCAGACUGCUUUGGACCAGUCCAGAGAUCACAACAACCCAGAGGUGGCUCUGCUUCUAACCAAGGCUCCCCAGGUACAGAGCUUCAUGCGCGGCAGGACUGUGAGAAAGAGGAGAGAGAAGCUGAAAGCAGAGCGCCGAGCGCGGUCUGUGCCCAGAGAUGAUCUGCUGAGCUGUAAUGACAGUGCAUCUGCUGCAGACGGCACCCAGAGCAGCGACCCAGCAGCUCCACUGGCAGAGGGAAGCAGCAGACAACAGAAGGCCAGGAAGCAGAAAGAAAAGCCAUCUUUGUCCGAAGCUCUCUGCAGCAGACAGAUCAGGAGGAAAAAGCAGACACAUGGAGCCUCCCCGUAUGGACCCGUUCCACCUCACAACUAUAAAGCUUAUCAACUCUACACACUCUACAGGGGCAAGGAUGGCAAGAUCAUGCAAGCUCCACUGAACGGCUGCCGCUGUGACCCACUGCUCAGUAAACUGGAGAACCAGCUGGAGGCCACCAAGGAGGAGAUGAAGACAGAGAUCCACGCCAUGGAAGACCUGGUCAACAAAAAGAUGGGUCAGCUGGACCGCAAGAGCAAACACCAGAUCCGAGCUCUGGAUAAGAUGACAGUGGAAAGAGUAUCUGCAGAGAAGAGCGAGUGUCUGCAGAGGAUGGAGCACUGGGCUCUGCAGGAGCGACUGGAAGCAGAGAAGAGACAGCAGACGUCUCUGGCAACUGAGCUGAAGAGCUGGUGUCUGUCCAAACUACAGAACAUGGAGGUCCGCUUCAUGGGAGACUCCGGCGCCAAGCUGCAGCGCUCCUCCUCUCUGGCUGACAAUCUGUGUGAAGCUGAUGGCGCCAGCAGCACCGUGCAGCCUGCUGAGCUGGGCUGUAGCUCCCCGCACUCACAGCCCAACCGGGCUGAAGCCAGUAAGGUGGAGGGCGGCUCGGCCAGCCACUACUUUGUGGUUCAUGUGGAGAACUCUCCAGAUGGUGAGAAGGAGCAGAAGACCGAGGCUGCAGCACCUUCGUCUGUCCAGGUGGUCCGGCCUAAGGAGCGCUCUGCAGACAAAAAACAGAACCUGCAGAGAGCGGGCUUGGACCCAAAGGCUGCUGGUAGACCGAGGCACAGAGCCAGCAGCCUGUCUCCGGCCACAGGGCGCCACCGCAGCAGCAGAGAUGCAGAGAGAGGCCGAGUCAGAGUCAGGCAGCGUGAAAAGCAUGGAGGCAGAAGGACCAGGUCAAGGGGAGACAUGGGGGUCCAGACGACAGAGCUUCUCAGAGACCCCUCUGGUGGGCCGACCUUUGCCCAGGAGAGGGACAACAUGCACGCUGUGGAGGUCACCCAGUACUUCUUCGAGGCCGUGUCCACCCAGAUGGAGCGCUGGUAUGAGAGGAAGGUGCAGGAAGCUCGCUUGCAGGCCGACCAGAGGGCUCAGGCCGACAAGGCCGCUCUGGUCCAGAGGAUCGCUAACCUGGAGGAGGAGCUCCGUGUUCUGAGGACAAGUCGCCAUCACGACUACUAACACGCCUCUUCAGAACAUUGUGGCCUUCCAGGGAGGGAAGAUGCCUGGAAUAUUCAGCACCUCCAUCCAUGUGACGCUGAUUGUUAUUGCAGACCUGAGCAAGUAAUUAAUGUGUUCAGACAUUCUUUUUUUAAAAUGACGUCCUUAUGCUCUUAGCAUGUUUGAAGAAGCACAGCAUCUUCUUCAUAUAGCAUUCAUAUAGCAAAUGGAUGCUAUAUGAAUCCAUAUCACUAGUGUUCACUAUGAUCACACCAUCAUGUGGGGACUCGCCUGCCUGCCUGCCUGCUGAAUUCAAACAGAUAAGCUAUGAUGUAUUUAGAACACUGAAUGUGGAAAAAACUGGUGGAUUUCCAGCACUUUGUGAGUUUUAUUAAAGCUGUAGAGUUAACACUCAGUUUGUUGAAGAUGAAAGAAGAAAUAUGUUUAAAAUGCCACUGAUGUAACUAAUCUGCUGUUUGCUGGAUGAGACAGGAAGGAAGGCCACAAAAAACACAUCAUGACAUUACUGAAACAGUAACAGCUUUUUUCUACUUAGGUGAAAUAUUAGACUAGAUAUUAGAUAGAGUAAAUUUAAGGUAAGCAUUUCAUUAGUUGGAAUUUUACAUGUUGUAAUAAUAUAUCAUCACUUAUAAUGUCAAGAAAAACAACACAGUGGAUCCUGUGUUCUACCCCAGGAGUAGAACAUUCAUCCUUUUUAAUCGAGUGCACACUCAGGGAAUCCAGGGGAAAUUCAUCAGAAAAAUCAUGGAUCUUUGUCUUUUUGUAAACAUUUUCUUUUAUAUGAGCUUGAUAUUCAGAAGAAGAAACAGUUCUGACAUUCCUGAGACUAGAAACAGCUAUUUUGUCCCUCAGGAUGUACUGAGAGCCGUACAUCCUGCAGUGGUCUCUGUCUGUAGUGGUCUCUGUCUGUAGUGGUCUCUGUCUACAGGGGUCUCUGUCUGCAGUUGUCUCUGUCUGCAGUGGUCUCUGUCUAUAGGGAUCUCUGUCUGCAGUGGUCUCUGUCUGCAGGGGUCUCUGUCUGCAGUGGUCUCUGUCUGCAGUGGUCUCUGUCUACAGGGGUCUCUGUCUGCAGUGGUCUCUGUCUGCAGUGGUCUCUGUCUAUAGGGAUCUCUGUCUGCAGUGGUCUCUGUCUGCAGUGGUCUCUGUCUACAGGGGUCUCUGUCUGCAGUGGUCUCUGUCUGCAGUGGUCUCUGUCUACAGGGGUCUCUGUCUG